AUGCCUUCGCAGCGAUCUGUAUUGAUCACAGGCUGCAGUCAGGGCGGAAUUGGCGACGCUCUUGCGCAGCGUUUCCACGAGGAGGGUCUACUGGUGUUCGCAUCAGCCAGGAAUCUCGCCAAAGUCGAGCACCUGAAAACUUUGGGCAUCCACGUCCUGCAACUGGACGUUGUCGACCAUGACUCCAUCGCACGAACUGUCCGUGAGAUCACUUCUUUGACGAGUGGGAAACUAGAUGUGCUCAUUAACAACUCUGGAGGUGGAUACGCGGUCCCUCUGCUCGACUCUGAUGCACGCAAGGCUAAAGACAUGUUCGAGGUAAAUGUCUUUGCGCUCAUCAGCGUCACGAAAGCCUUUUUUCCUCUGCUCACGACAUCGAAAGGUACCGUCGUCAACAUCGGCUCUGUGUUGGGCUAUACGCCUUACCCGUGGUCAGGCUGGUACAACGCCAGCAAGGCUGCUGCCAAUCUUCUCACCGACCAGCUCCGAGUCGAACUUGAGCCGUUUGGGGUUAGAGUCGUCUUGGUUGUUGCUGGUGCCAUAAAAACGAAAUUCAUGGAAAAUCUUGCAGACUUGCCACAUCUUUUGCCGAGCUCGCCGUACUAUCCUGCCAGGGGCGUGGUCGAGGAAGUCAUGUCCGGGAGCGAGUUAGAAAAGGGGGCGGCCGAUGUCAACGUCGUCGCUCGGGCGAUUGUCAAGAACGUGUUGCAAACAACACCCAAAAAGCACCACUGGCUUGGUGGUGGGUCUUCAACCAUAUGGCUUGCGCACACCUUUGGCUGGGCUACUGUCUGGGACUUCUUAUGGACUUCUGCGGCAAAUCUUGGUACUGUGUCCCAGAUACUGAGGACGAAACAGAAGUCGACAUGA